CUUCAAGAGACGGUCAAAAGGAAGUUGGAAGGCGCACGUUCACCUCUCAAUGGAGAACAGCAGAAUGGAGUUUGUGAUGGCAGCUUUUCUCCAACCAGCAAGCGGAUACGGAAGGAUGUACCAGGCAUUGAGGCAAUCAACAGCUUGCCCAAUAAUUUGCCUUUGCCCGCUGUUUCUCCUCUUCACCAGCUUGACAUGAAAGCUCCCCUGCCCCUGCAGAACAGUGGAACUCAUGGUAGUGGUCUAGAAGACUUGGGUAAAAACGGUGGGCUUUCUGAGAUAAAGCUCCCUGUUAAUGGUUGCAGUGAGCUAGACGAUAGUUUUAACGUCCUGCAGAACAAGGAGCUAAAGCAAGAGCCUUUGGAUGACCCCAGCUGCAUAGACACUUCUGAAACAUCUCUUUCAAAUCAGAACAAGCUCUUCUCUGACAUUAACCUGAACGAUCAAGAGUGGCAGGAGCUAAUAGAUGAACUAGCAAACACCGUUCCAGAAGAUGAUAUACAAGAUUUGUUCAACGAAGACUUUGAAGAGAAAAAGGAGCCAGAAUUUCCCAGGCCUGCCACAGAGACUCAAGAGAGUGCAAGUGUGAAAAGUGAUCCAUCUCAUUCUCCGUUUGCUCAUGUCCCAUUAGGGUCUCCCCAGGUGAGGCCUUCUUCUUCCGGUCCUCCAUUUUCAAAUGUUUCCACAGCCUCUAGCAUAGCUUCUGUGUCCAGCGCCCCGCCAGCUCCAAUCCCUGCUGGCUCACCAGCAAACUGUGUUGUUCAGUCUCCUCAAACUCCCAGCCAGGCCCACACUCCCGGCCAGACGCAGACGCGAUCUGGAAAUGGCUACCUGAUGAAUCCGGCAGCAGCAACAGUGGCAGGAUCAGGGCCUGGACCUGUGAAUAUGCCGAGUGCCGACUUGUCUCCAGCUGAACAGCUCAAGCAAAUGGCAGCCCAGCAGCAGCAAAGAGCUAAGCUCAUGCAGCAGAAGCAGCAGCAGCAUCCAAAUCAACCCUCAAGCUGGUCACCUGUGGGCCCUCCAUCUAGUCCAUACGGAGGACCCUUCAGUGCAGACAAACCAAAUAGUCCAAUGAUGUAUCCCCAAGCCUUUAACAACCAAAACCCAAUAGUGCCUCCUAUGGCAAACAAUCCACAGAAGACCACAAUUAAUAACUACCUCCCUCAAAAUCACAUGAAUAUGAUCAGUCAGCAGCCAAAUAACCUGGGCACAAACUCCUUGAGCAAACAGCCCAAUAUGCUUUCUUAUGGCAACACCAAACCUCUGACCCACUUCAAUGCUGAGCUGAGUCAGAGGAUGACCCCACCUAUGGCAACUCCCGGCAAGAACCCCAUGAUGCCGUACAUCCAGCAGCAGCAGUCCCAGCAGCCGCAGAUGCAAGCUCAGAUGGCGCACCUGAGCGAGGAGCAGAAACGCAUGCUCAUCAUGAAGCAGAAAGGAAUGAUGAAUCAGCCCAUGGCUUAUGCAACGCUUCCUUCCCUUGGUCAGGAGCAGCAUCAAGUGGGAUUGUCUCGGACCACAGGGCCUAUGCAGCCUUCUGUCCCACCGGGAUCCAGCAGCGUGGUCACAGGCACGAGCUCUGGGGGUCCCUUCCUAGGAAACCAACCUCAAGCGGCCAUCAUGAAGCAGAUGCUGAUUGAGCAGAGAGCCCAGCUCCAUGUGAUAGAGCAGCAGAAACAACAGUUUCUAAGAGAGCAAAGGCAGCAGCAGCAGCAGAUCCUAGCGGAGCAGCAGUUGCAGCAGCAGUCACAUUUGCCUCGGCAGCAUCUGCAGCAACAGCGGAGCCCAUAUCCAGUGCAACAGGUCAAUCAGUUCCAAGGUUCUCCCCAGGAUAUAGCAGCUGCGAGAAACCAAGCAGCACUCCAGAGCAUGAGGACAUCCCGAAUGAUGGCCCAGAACGCGAGCAUGAUGGCGAUGGGUCCCUCCCAGAACCCGAGCACACUGCCCACGACUGCAGGCCAGUCAGACAUGGGCAUGGCUCCUUACAGCAACGCCUCUUCCAGCCAGCCGGGAAUGUACAGUAUGAGCACAGGGAUGAGCCAAAUGUUGCAGCACCCAAACCAAAGUGGCAUGAACAUGGCACAUAACGCAGGCCAGGGAACAAGGCAGCCUGCCUCUGGACAAGCGGUGGGAAUGGUCGGCAGUUUUGGUCAGAACAUGCUGGUAAACUCUGCUCUUCCCCAGCAUCAGCAGCAGAUGAAAGGACCCGUGGGCCAGGUCUUACCCAGGCCCCAAGCACCACGACUUCAAAACUUGAUGGGGACUGUCCCUCAAGGAACACAAAACUGGCAGCAGCGAGGCUUACAAGGUAUACCCGGGAGGACUAGCGGUGAAAUGGGGCCCUUCAAUAACGGCACAGCGUACCCCAUGCAGUCUGGGCAGCCACGGCUGUCCAAGCAACAUUUCUCACAGGGGCUUAAUCAGACGGUUGUGGACACGAGUGGAACAGUAAGAGGCCUGAACCCAGCGUUGGGGAGACAGUUGCUGCAACCACUACCUGGGCAACAAGGAGCCAGCCAGGCCAGGCCGAUGGUAAUGCCGGCAAUAAGCCAGGGGGUCCCCACCAUGUCUGGCUUCAGUCAGCCUCCGACGCAGCAAAUGCCAGGCGGUAACUUUGCUCAGAGCAGCCAAGGCCAGGCCUACGAGAGGAAUCCCACUCAGGACAUAUCUUACAACUACAGUAAUGAAGGAGCAGGGGGGUCAUUCUCCAGUUUAGCAGAGGGCGCAGACCUUGUGGACUCCAUCAUUAAAAGCGGACCAGGGGAUGAGUGGAUACAAGAACUUGAUGAGUUGUUUGGAAACCCCCAGUGAAUGGGCUUGUAUAGUCUGGAGCUUUGGUUGUUACGUUUGAAAAAAGAAGAGAGCGAGUUGGAUGUGCUCCCCAUCCUGGGCUUGUUGGUUUUUUGUUUGAAUUGCUUUGGUUUGGGGUUAUUUUGUUUUCUUUUGUUUUUAAUCGUGCAAACUGAGCUGAUCUGUAGCCAACUUUGGAAGAUUCAGGGGACGAUGAAAGCAUCGGCCUCCCAAGACUUCCACCAAGCAAUCUCUGUUGCGUGGCAGCACUCGCUGCGUGUGUGGUGGGGGCAGGAUGGGGAAACUGGAAAAGCCAGGUGAUGCCUCUGGUUGGGAAAAUUUGGUCUUUCCCCACUGGCAGGAGGCUUCAUUGCACGGUGGUGUGGGGUGGUCCCGGUAUCUCCCACCCCAUGUAACUGUAAACACGGCAACUUUCAGGGGAGCAGACGAAAUCAGCCGGGAGCAAAGCCUAAAGAUGUCCGUGGGCGAUUGCACAGGCCCUGGUCGGAAAGGGGCUUAACCCCGGGGGUAAGCAGGUCUUGGUGAGCCACAGCCGGGCCCGCGGGGCCGGCUCUGGGCUGCCGCAAGGGAGUGUGUGGCACGCACGUGACAAACCUAAACAGUUGCAGGGAGGUCACGGUUUUCACUGCAGAGUGAUAAAAAUCCAAUAAAAGUGUAGGAGACCAUAAAUUUGGCAGUGCGAUGAGGACAGUUUGAUUAUGGGACUGCUGCUGGAGACGGCUUAGGCGGGUGGGUUAACUUAACGAGCUGUUUGGUCCCCUCGGGACUUGCAGCAGCGCUUCCCUGUCAGAGCACUUUGGCGUGUGCCUGCUGCCUGGGGGUGCAGGACAGCAGCUACGAACGGUGUCGAAGGGCUGAGCGGUACCAGGAGACGUCCGCACAGGUCCUAAGCGGGUCCUUCUCCCUCCUUCCUCCCCAGAACGUUUUCAGUCCGCUCCCUUGCCCUCCUACCCCUCAGCGUAAAGCGAGGCGAGCUGGCUGCACUUUUUGUCAGGUGGGCAACAACUGCCACAAAGGGGUAGGCAGGGGAGGAGAAAACAGGCAUGAGAAAAUGUACAGGGAGGGUUUGGCACGCAGAAUGAGCUUCUCCUCUCCUCUUGGAAAGUGCAAGGUCGGCCGAUAGUAUUGCCCUGGAGCGUCUGGGCUCUCGAUGCGAUGUUGUAUGCAACCUGCUCUUUGGUUUUAAACAAAUGUUUGGUCUAAUCUCUCUGGUUUGCUGGAAUAAAAUCCUCGGCAGUAUUGGAAGAACAGGAACCAGUGAAGGACUACCGUAAAGAUCCUUCACGAGUGGGUAAAAUAAUUGAUGCAGUUAUUAGGAACAUGGAGUCUGCCCAAGUAAGCUUUUGGGUAAGGGCGACGUAUCGCUCGCUCCACUGUGUGGACCAGUCCUGAGCCGCGCUGUAAUGAAGUCGAGAUGUGUCCUGCACAGCACUGGGGCGCCGGCCACCCCGAACGUCUCAAGCAGCGGUUCCCAAGCUGCAGCCUGAGGCCGAGGUAAGCCGUUCUCCAACACCUACCACCUUCGUAGCGUUUUCAGCCGAGAGCUGCUUAUCGGGGUAUGUCGUGGUGCGUAAAAAAUGUCAAUGUGAUCCAGUCCAAAAAGUUUGGGAACCUCUGGCCUAAUGCUGACCUCUGUGAGCCGUAAGAUGUGCUCUGCAGCGAGAGCGUCCCUAGUGUACAGCUACCAGUGCCAGCUGUCCAGCUCCCCACCGCCUCCCUGUGUGCUGCUCUCCUCCUGCCCGGCGGUGCUGCGCUGCUGAAAUCCAUGGGAGCUGAAGGGCCGGGCACCUUGCAUUUUUAAGUCCCACCUUUCCCCGUGGAGCACAGAUACGCAUCACAUCAAGGAGCUGGAAGCAAAACGGGCCUGGAACCAUCUCAGCGCCCCGUUACGGUUCCCUUGCAGGGCCUACCUAGGCGAGGGGAAGUAUCUGUUUUAAAUGCUGUAAGGUAGGCAGGACAAGCUGCAUUUUUAACGUGGACUAGCUAGUUGAGGUGAGCUAUCAAUCCAGCUUGCCCUGACUGCUACGUU